GAAACAGGAGGAGGGAAAGAAAAAGAUUGGAAAUUUGGACGCACCGGAUUCGCCACCACUUGUUUGAAACGGGAACACUCCCAGUUUGCGAGAUUCGAAUUGGGAUCUGAUUUGUUUGACUAAAUUAACAAAAUUGGGGAUGAAAUUGGUAAAAUAAUUGGUAGUGAAUAAUUUGGGAGACACUGUUAGAGUGAUAGGGUUAGGGUUUAUGUUAGAAUUAGAUCAAAAUUUCAAAUGGGGAGAAUUUUUCUGAUUGAAUUGGAUGGGAGAACUUACAGAUGCAGAUUCUGUGACAGCGCGCUUGCCCUUGUCGGUGAUGUCCUCUCUCGGAAUUUCAACUGUGGUCGAAGAAGGGCAUAUCUGUUUAGCAAUGUGGUGAACAUAACACUCGGUCCUGAUGAAGAGAGGCUAAUGCUCUCUGGUUUGCAUACUGUAGAAGAUAUAUUUUGUUGCUGCUGCGGGCAGAUUCUUGGUUGGAAAUAUGUGAUUGCACACGACCAAACCCAAAAAUACAAGGAAGGAAAGUUUGUGCUUGAAAGAUGGAGGAUAGUGGAGGAUGUAGCUGAGUUAUUCAACUUGGACGCUCGUCUUGGUUCAAGUGAUGCAGAGAGUCCCUAGCAAAGUUAAGCACUUGUACAAAUAAUAAGAGCUGGAUGCUAUACGGUUAUUUUCUCUAUCAAUACAGACAAUUUCAAGAGUUUUUCUUGAUCUUUUUAUGUGUGUUAACAUUCUCUAUCAAUACAGACAAUUUCAAGGCUUGAAACUGAUUGCUUGUGAAUUUUUUAUUAUUAACAUUCUAAUCAA